CACGGCCACCUGGACGACGCGCACCGCCGACAAUCGCGAGAUUCAACUGUUUUUCGAGUUAGUAGCGCGUUGAUUCGCGAUUGGCUAUGGCAUGACACUUUCGCGAUUGUCAGUUGUUUUCGGGGUGCCUCUUUCGACGGAGAAAACAAAAGUGUUCGCAAGACAUCACGCGAGACGUUUGUUUUUCGUUGAGUUUUAUUCGCGGGAAGCAACAGGCGAUACAACGCCGUUGGACGCGAUCGAUUGAUUUUGAACUGUUUUACGCUGUUUCGCAGGAAGCAGCGUUCGUUUUCAACUGUUUUCGAGUGGUUUUAUUCGCAAAAAGCAAGAGGUGGCAGAGUUCGUUUUCAAUUGUUUUUGAGUAAAUUCUAGACAUCUAACAAGACUUCUGAUUCCGAAUUAUCACAUAAGAAUAUCAUGGAGCGUCCCACCUUUAUUUUUUUGUGAGGUGUUAUUUUUGACUACUCCUAACGAUAAACAAUAGUUAUCAGAGAGAGCAGAAGCUUUUCUAUUUUGAUUAUCGCUUUCUUCCACAAAUGAGGUUCCUGCCUUGCUGCAAUAAGUAUUUGCGUCGACAAAACAGUUGGCAUCAAUGACCUUUCCUCAAUAAAAUCUCGGUUCGGAAGAACCUUGAUGCGAAAAUGUAACCAAAACCCAUCGUGAAGCACCAUGAGCAGCAAAAAGCCUAAAGAACAACGUACCAGACACACCAGUCUCGAGAUGCCUGACGUGGAAGCGGUCACCAAGAAGAAGCAUAGCGACAUGCUUCAACGCGCUAGGCACAAACUGCUCAACUUGAGCGACGCUUUGAAACAUCGAAAUCUUGAAGUCUCCGAAGCUCAUAAGAAAGGAAUGGCAAAAUCCAUGACUCAAGUGACGUUAGACUAUUUCUUCAAGCACGGCGGACAGAGCAAGAACCAUAUCUACGCUAAUACUUCGAGAGUGGACGAGCCGAAGAAGAAGCAAGGUCUCCACAAACAGCAUUCCGUGGGUUCGUACCCGAUCAAAAUCGAAAUCACCGACGAGGACGACCUCCCGGUGGACGCCGUCUCCGAAGGGGCGCACGCCCCCGCGUGCGAGGACAUCCCCAGAUGUGCAGAAGCCUUGGCUUUGGAGAAACCCAGGAAGAAACUGUCGUUUCGGGUACCUGAGAUCAUCGGAAAGGGAAGGUGUCACCAAAAAGUGAACGGCGGGUGUGAACUUAGUGAAUUGAGGUUGAGAGACGCUAGUGAUCCGUGCGCGUUGAGGAGGGCCAGUAGCUUUGAGGAUUAUGAUUUGGAGAGCCAGGCGAUGCGCGUGGUGCGUACGAUAGGCCAGGCGUUCGAAGUGUGCCAUAACUUGUCGAUCACGGCCCCAGAAAAUAACGUGGACCACGAAGACGAUCAGGACACGUUCACGCAGGAUCUGCUCAGCGAUCGACUCAGUGAUAUUACUAGUGAUAAGCCUAAAAAAGAUUUCUCAGAGUCUGCAAGUGAUAAGGGUUCGCUGCCCACGGACGACUGCAGCCUGAAGGAUCUAGAAAAUAAUAGAAAUUCCAGAAUACCUCCUCAACUGGAUCUCAUUCCUCCACCGCCAACGACAAACAACAGAAAAUCUCCGCUGACUUCCGGCGAGACGUACUCGUCCCCCCACUCGGACACGCUGCUGUCAGCUGCGAACGGCGCCGGUGGGGGUAACAGCGAUGGGGGUAGUUGCAACGCGUUGCCUCCACCUGGCUCGGCGCUGUCCGCACAUCACGAGCUACAACUGAUGCGCGAACAGCUCGAGCAACAAACGCAGCAGACUCAGGCGGCCAUGGCGCAGCUGCAGCUCGCCCGGGAACAGCUGCAAGCUGAACAGGCGGCAAGACUGGAGGCCCAAGCACGCACCCACCAACUGCUGGUGCACAACCGCGAGCUGUUGGACCACAUCGCCGCAUUGGUGGCACAUCUUCAAGGCGGGGAUAAACAGGGACAACAGCAGACGCCCCCGCAUAUGACCAUGCCGCAGAACCAGCACCAGAUGGCAAUGUCCGACGGUUACGACACCUCCGAGCCUUCCUCUUCGGUAGACAGCAGUCCGGUACUGCCUCCCUUCAGUUACAUACCUCAUAGCCUCAUCGAGAACAGGGCUGCUGUUGCGCCUUGCCUUCAACCUUCCUCACCUCUACGAACCUCCUUCAACCCUGCAGCGUUCCCUUUCGGGUACGCCCCUGGGGAAGGUGCUUCAUUCGAGGCGCAACUCUUGCAGAGGUUACAAACGCUAGGUAGUUACCCUGCGUAUCAUCAAGGGUACUACCCGCCUUAUGUGCCUCCGAUGUACGGUUCGCAAACUUUGUUGAACAAUAGUUACACUUUGCAGCCUCCGCCACAAAAAAAGAUGGCGCCACAGUCGCCGAUGAUGCCUAGGAAUUCGUAUGCAGGUAGUACUUCGGUGCAAGGAAGCAGGUUGAGUCCCGCGAGGAAUAGCGAGCCUAGGCAGUUGCCUACGCAGUACCAGAAUAUGAAUCUGAGAGUCAAUGAUCAUCAGACCUAUCAGACGCAAAGUAAUACCUGCCAGUCUCAUAAUAGCGCUUGCCAAAAUCAACAGUACCAAGCUCAGAACGCAAAUAGUACGAGGUCGAAUGACCAACAAUUUCAAAGACCGCAGUACCAGCAAAACACUAAUCAAAACCAACUUCGGGUACAACCUAACAACAGGCAGCAAAGAGAAACCACUCCGGUACCCCAAACCCCAAAUGAAAAGAAGCAAACUCAGUUUAUUAAACCUCAAGCUCAAAUGGGUACUUUAACUACUACAGAUUCUGACGGAAGAAUGAGGGUGAUAGUACCGGUACCUUCCAACUCAAAUGAUAAUAAUGAAAUGAUGAGUAACUUGAGGCUAGACGAUACUGGGCACUCUCAUAGUUCUCCAGUUACUAGGUCCAAGAGCGAGAAAGUACCAAACAGGAGUCAACUGAUGGCUGAAGUACAUAGAACUAUUUGGGCACGACACACUACAAAGUAGUACCCAUCACAGUUAUCCCCAGUUAAGAAGAUGCAAUACUAGAUAGUUCUUCUAUUGGGGAUCUUAAGACAAAGACACUUUGGCCUCUACAGACGUUUGAGCUACUCGCCGUACCAUCAAGGGUACUAUCAGCCUGUUGGGUCUCCAAUCUACGGUUUUCAGCCUUUAAUAAACCCUCAAUAGCCACCACCUCAUCAGAAGAUGGCAUUUUAGUCGCCGAUUAUCUCCAGGAACUCGUAUGCAGGCAGUACUGAAGUACAAGGGAGUAGGUUGAAUCCCGCAAGGAAUAGCGAGCCUAGACAAUUGCCUACGCAGUACCAGAACUUGAAUCUGGUCUGACCACCAGACUCAAAAUUGUUCCUAUCAGUCUCAACAGUCGUCAAGUAGUACCUGCCAUUCUCAUAAUAACGCUUGCCAAAAUCAACAGUACCAAGCUCAGAACGCAAAUAGUUCGAGGUCGAUGACCGACAAGCUCAAAGACAGCAGUACUUGUAUGCAGGUGGUACUUUGGUGUAAGGACCUAGGUUGAGUUCCUAUCAGUCUCGACAGGAGUACCUGUCAGUAUCCGCAGUCACUUAAUAACUCAUGCCAAAAUCAACAGUAUCAAGCUCAAAACGCAAAUAGUUCGAAGUCGAUGAUCAACAAGCUCAAAGACAGCAGUACUCGUAUGCAGGUGGUACUUCGGUGCAAGGAACUAGGUUGAAUCCCGCAAGAAAUAGCGAGCCUAGACAAUUGCCUACGCAGUACCAGAAUUUGAAUCUGGGAUGACCACCAGACUCAAAAUUGUUCCUAUCAGUCUCAGCAGUCGUCAAGUAGUACCUGCCAUUCUCAUAAUAACGCUUGCCAAAAUCAACAGUACCAAGCUCAGAACGCAAAUAGUUCGAGGUCGAUGACCAACAAGCUCAAAGACAGUAGCACUUGUAUGCAGGUGGUACUUCGUUGCAAGGAACUAGGUUGAGUUCCUAUCAGUCUCGACAGGAGUACCUGUCUGUAUCCGCAGUCACUUAAUACCUCAUGCCAAGUACCAAGCUCAGAACGCAAAUAGUACGAGGUCGACCAACAGGCACAAAGAGAACAGUACCACUAAAGCUCUAAUCAAAAACAAGUCACAACUGUGAGUACAACCUAGGCAACACUGAGAAACCACUCCAGUACCCCAAACUCCAAAUAAAUAGAAGCAAACUCAGUUUACCAAACCUCAAGACCCGACGACAGACUACAAAGUAGUACCCUGUGACUCAGCAUAGCGAUUUCCAGUUAAGAAGAUGCAUUUCUAAACAGUUCUUCUGUUCGAGAUCUUAAGACAAAUAUAAUAUGGCCUCUGCAGACUUUUUAGCUACCCAAAGUACCAUCACGGGUACUAUCAACCUACUGUGUAUCCAAUCUACGGGUUUCAGCCUCUAUUAAACGCCCAACAUCCACCACCUGAAAAUAAGAGUACCUCUAGGAACUCGUAUGCAGGCAGUACCGCAGUAUAAGGAAGUAGGUUGAGUCCUCCGAGUAAAAGAAUUUGAAUCGAAGGGUCAACGAUGUUCAAACACAAAAUUAUUCCUAUCAACAGUCUCAAAAUAGUACAUGCGAACAUCUCUUAAUCAACAGUACCAAGAUCAGAAUGCAAGUAACAACAGAUCCAAGGAACAGCAGACAGAACAAAAAAAUUAUUUGUAUUCAAAUAAUGCUUUUUUGUUAGGUAUAGCAAAAACGUAAAUCAAAUUUGGAUCCCAGCGUAACUGCAGCUCAAAGACGUCAUAUGAAUAAAUCAUAGUGUUUAAUACUAGAGAAAAGAUAAAGAUAACAUUACAAAUUGUGACCACAGAAAAGUGAGAAACGCCAACGUUCUCUGUGGCCAGAAUAACAAAUGGCCGAACAAUUUUAUACUUUCGGUUAUGUAGUCUUUUGUGUCUUUAAAAUUAUCACUAACGUCGUGCCAAAGUUAUGCAUAUAUUGUUGUAAAUAUAGGUAUAAUAUUUAGUUGCGUGACGUGAAUAGAUGAUGAAAAAUAUUUCUUUGUGAACGUAGAUAAUAAACCAUAAUGUCAUUUUUCACAUUCAUUGUAUAUAGC